AUGGACAAGCAGAGUAUGGAUUCUGCCUUGAAGCUUCUACUUGACGAUCUCGCAGAGGUUGAGGAGCAAAGUAAGGACAAACAGACCUCGGGACAGCUAACUGAUCUGGAAUGUGCCCUGGCUUGCAUGAGAGAGAAUGUUUUGGCUGCUCAGACUUCCAUCCGCAAUCGACAAAUGGCGCUAAGCACCACAAAAGCAACUUCUACGGACCAGGAAAUCCUGGAAUUUCUGAAAAAUGACGAGUCGCUCGCUCAAAGUGACCAUGAAUACGCCCGCGCAUUGAGUCGAACUAAUCAGGAUGACAUCCAUUUUCGAAGAUUCGACAAUGAUGCAUCGGCUGGUGCCAAUGACAAUUCAAUUUCCGCGAUGAUGGGGGACCUCAUGAAGCAUAUACUACGAGAAGAUCAGCCAGGUUGCGGAGAGGGUCCCUCAUUCCCAUCAUCAUCCUCAGACCCACAGAGAAGAAAGAAAUGUGCAUCAUGUCUUGAAAUAUGUGAUGAAAUUACCUUCAGUGGAGUAUGCGGUCACGAUUACUGUUAUGAGUGCACUCGGAAUCUGCUUCUCGCAGCCACCAGGGAUGAGACGCUGUACCCACCUCGUUGUUGUCGAGGUGUGAUGCGCCCAAUGAUGGUGCUUUCGGUUUUGAAUUAUGAGGAGCUGGUUGCAUUUAGUGAUAAGGCGGUUGAAUACAUGACGGUCAACCGGCUUUACUGUGCAGAUCAAACAUGCUCAGCUUUCAUCCCUCCUUUCAGGAUCAAAGACGAAAAUGGAAGUUGUCCGAAAUGUAACCAACACACACAUCAACCGUGUCAUUCCUUUGCUCACCCUGGUUACGAUUGUCCGAUGGAGGUCGGCUUGGACCAAGUUUUGGACAUGGCAGAGGAAAGGAGAUGGCAACGAUGUGCUGGAUGUCGAAGAAUGGUGGAGCUUGCCCAAGGGUGUAACCAUAUCACUUGUGUGUAA